CCGAUCCACAGUUCAGAACGUUUCCCUCCAAACAACCAACACGACGACAUCGACGACGACCGAUCACUCCAAGAUUCGCAGCUUCCCUUCAGCUAAAGGCGGACCAGAAGAAAGAAGCAAACGAAAAAAAAAACGCCUCACUUCGGCGAAGUGAUUCGUAAGUUCUGUUCCCUUCUGCGUCUCUCCCGUGCCUAAUUUCGCAAACCUGAGCCAAACUAGCGGGCCCUGCGGGCACUACUUAAGUACACACAACCUCUGCUGCUGACCGGGACUGAGUCAUUCGUAUUCGCCUUCGCCACCUUGACGGGCUUGGCUGGGUAGCACAAGAGAUCAACACAGACCUGUCUGUCCGAGCCACGAGAGAUCAUUUAAAGGCAGCUGCAAUCAGUGCUCGAUCAAUCAUUGAGCCGUGAACGUGACAUUGGACGGAUCGACCGAUAUCGCAGCGAGGUACCAUCACGAGUAACCCUUCACUAGACCCUAUAGAGAUCGUGCCCGCCCAACAGGAAGCAGUUAUUUCAAGCGAUUUAAGAAAUUCCAGAAAACAAUAGUCGCCACUUCUAAAAAGCAAAGGAAAAUGAAGUGCCUAAUUCUCGCAGUUGUGAUCAUCGCCGUUAUGGUCGAGAAUAGCGUCGCCGCCCCAAGGUACCAGGUCUUGGAGCACCGUGAUGGCUACAUUCCGGUAUACAUCCGGUAUGGGGAUGAACCACUGUCCGACAUCAAUCCUGCCCUAGCAGCUGCCUUCCACGAACCAAUGAAACGCGUGAGCCGAGCCGAACUAGCACAGAAACUGCAAGCGGAUGAGUCUCCCGUGAAUAAUACCUCAAGCAAUUCGACCUCCAUAUCGACGUCCAUUUCGGCUUCCGAUGAAAUUCGCGCGGUGGCGAAACCGACUGCGGUUGCCAAUUAACCGGUAACCGGAGCAGCCAGCGAAAAAGUUACCCGAUACGAUGUUACUAAUAUUACGUUACACAAUUUUGUACUGAACAAAAGACUAAUAAAGCCAUACAAGAGCCGUA